GACCCCGACUCCCGUCCGUCUCACCCUACGCAACAACUCGGCAGUUGCUUCGCCUCCCCCUCUCUGCCGUCGCCAUCGCCGCCCUUCCCUUCCCCUCGACGCGCCCGCCCGCCGCGCACCUCGUUGCAUUGCUCCUUCUCCCAGCCCCAGCCGCCGCCGCCGCCGCCGCCUCAUUGUCCGUGCGCCGUCCCGUCUCCCUCCCUCCCCUGCUGGUUUACCGGGGCCUUUGUUUCAACUUGGCCGGGGGUUUUGGGCCGGAUCAUGGGGCCGGCGGUAAUCGAGAUCGUCUCCGACGACGAGACGGAGGUCUCUCCAGCUGCCAAGCCACCCGCCGACGCCCUUGACUGGGCCUCGACCCUCCUGCUCGAUGACGACCUCGGUGGAUUUGGGGAGGGUUUAGUAGAUGAUUCCAAGCUGAUACAGGACUUCCUGGCCACUCUGGAGGGCGAAAAGAAGAGUGCUGCUGCUGCUGCCGCUGAAGACGACGACGACGAUGACUGUGUGAUCCUGGAGGGCGACCCUGACAAGCCCCUUGUCCUCGUCGUCAAGGAGGAGAAGAAACCUGGUGACAAGGAUGGGCCAGACGAAGAAGAGUUGCAGGUUCUUGGGGAGAAAGGAGAGGUAGCAUGCAGGGAUUUCCCUCAUCCACGCCAUCUAUGUGCUAAAUUGCCUUUCAGAACUGGAUUCCAUGCUAAUCAUUGCACUAUGUGCCACUGUUAUGUUUGUGAUUCCCCUGCUCCAUGCCCCAGCUGGGGCAAAGGUACCUUACCUACUGAUCAUUGCCAUGCUACAGAUAAGGAUGGAAAAUGGAGCAAACAGAGGCAACUACUUAAGCGUAAGGGCCUGUCACCAUCUAAGCAUGAAAAUAUCAAGAAAAUGUUACUCUCAAGCACAAGAACACCAUCCUCUCAGCAAUAUACAGGGCAUCAAGUAUCAGUUCCACAACCAUUUACACCUUUGGGGAUAACUGUGAACCAACCUUCAGCUGGAAGAGUUCCUGUUGCAAGCAAUGUCAUCCAAAAUCAACAAAUGCAUCCACCUGUGAGAGCUGCACAGAAUGUGGUGCCAGCUGUCCAUCUGCCGAAGGCAUCCGCUCCUGCCCCAAAAACCACGGGCAAACGAUCCAAAAAGCCUGUGGCUGCUCCGACAGUUUAUACAGCCCCAAAUGGUUAUGGCUUGAACCGUGCUGUUCCGAAUGAUGUACCUUGGCGUCCAGAACCCUUGGGUGUAAUUCAGACACAAGGGGCACCAGGAAGCCAUGGAAUGCCAGGAAGCAAUGGACUGCCAGGAAUGAAUGGAGCACCAGGAAGGAAUGGACUGCCGGGAAUGAACGGAGCACCAGGAAGGAAUGGGCUGCCGGGAAUGAACGGAGCACCAGGAAGGAAUGGGCUGCCGGGAAUGAACGGAGCACCAGGAAGGAAUGGGCUGCCGGGAAUGAAGGGAGCACCAGGAAGGAAUGGGCUGCCAGGAAUGAAGGGAGCACCAGGAAGGAAUGGGCUGCCAGGAAGCAAUGGCCUGCCAGGAAUGAACGGAGCACCAGGAAGAAAUGGACAGCCAGGAAGGAAUGGACUGCACGGAAGCUAUGGAGCACAAGGAAGAGAUGGAGCAGCAGGAAGCAACGGAGCAGCAGGACGUCCAGGGCAGCCAGGAGGUACCGUUACGGUUAUUCAUGGUAACCCUACUCAGCGUUCUCUUGCUGCACCGGUACAGGUUCAUCCAAGGGCACAUCUUCGUGCUGCUCUUGGUACUAUGCAGGCUCUUCAGUACUCCGCGUGGACAGCUCCGGGAACACAGCGCGCGCAAGAUCCAUCAGCAAUCCAAAAAUCAUGGCAGGCUGCACUUGCUAAUCUGGCGUCUGAUCUGGGUGUGUCUGAUUACAACACGAAUCCACCACAGGUGCAACAGCCUGUCAGCACCCAGCCUCUGCAGCACAGUCAGCUACUUUCACAAGCAAAGGCAAGCCAGGGAGGUGAAAUGCAGCACAGUAAUACUCCGGCGACAGCACAAAUGAGGCCUUCCAGUAAUGGGCUUUGCCAGCUGAAUCCCAAAUCUGAAAAAAGUGUUGUUGGGAUGCCGAAAACACAAGCCACGCAAGCCUUGUGUGUGAUGAAUUCCCACAGCAGUCUUGCUCCAAGUGAAACUUAUCUGAAAAGUUUGGUAGCUAAACCUGCUGCAAAACAGUGAGUGUCCCCUGAAUCGGAUUCUUGAUGCCCUAUUUUUUUUGUCUCUUUGAACAUUGGUAGUUGUCAAAACAGUUAGAUGUCGAAAUUACAAAUAUGUUUUAGCUGACAAACUUCCUCUCUGUCCUAUCUUAGUGGAGUAGAAAGGGCACCCCUAUAGGAGAGUGAGGUGCUGUAGAGUUGGGAUUUCUAAUGUAUUGUCUUUAGACUAUGAAUUAAUGGUUUAGUUUCCAGUGGAAGAAAAUUCAUCAUAGUUCAUUGAUGUGUUUCUUCAUAAAUCAUGUGCUUAAAAUGGCUGGUUGCUCUGUUUGGUGACCAGGUUUCAUAUUUGUGAUGGGCAUCAUGUUUCA